CGACUUUGCGAAUUAGCUCACCAGCUUGGCAUUUUGGCUUAUAUUACGUGGGCCCGCACUUUCCAGCAGCGAUCGAACGCUGCACGGUAUAUAAAGGGUCCCAUUGUCGUAAGACCCGUCGCCCGUUCCCCUUGGGAGAAAAGAAGACCCAUCAGUGGUCAGCCAUGGAGCAACCACUGCUCUCAGAAGCGGGAGAGAAAGGCGAGGAGGCGUGGAGGGCCUACCAGUACGUGGGUAGGAGCGCGUCGGUGCACGUAGGGCGAGGUGAGGAGGUGAGCGUGGAGGAGAUCCGAUCUGCCUCCGCCUUCUCCGAACCCCACUAUCCUCCUUCCAUCCACGCGGCCCUCGUCAGCUCCCCCGAGCCUGAUCAUCCCCAAGAUCAAGCAAUUGUUUUUCAAGGACACCCUACUGGAUACACAUCAAAGGAAUAUGGAAGGGAAAUUUUGGAUGAGGUGGAAAUUCGGCAGUUACUUAUUGAUCAUGUCGGGCAUCGUUGUUGUUGGGGAAGUCGACCUGCCCGGAGAUGGAAGAUUUGUGCCAUCGAAGACUGCAAUGUGUAUAUGGGGACUCUAGAAACUUUCAUAGAGGAGAGAGAAAUUAUAAGAGAAACAGAGCCAUACCUGGGUGGGAAAAUUGAUGGCAAAGAUAAGGGGCCAGAGCUUGGCAUAUGGGAAUUGGAUCUAAGGUCCGAAUUUCCACUUCUCUUUGUGCCACAGAAAGAAACAAAAGUUAAGAUUCCUCAUUCUGAAGCUAUUGAGAAAUGCUCAGGUUGUGAUAGUCGAGGUGAGAUAGUUUGUCCAACAUGCAAUGCUGGCCAAGAACGUGGAUUUUACAAGGAAAAUCAGAUGACUCAAUGCCCUUCUUGUUAUGGGAGGGGUUUAAUUGCUCAUCGAGAUGGAUCUGAUACAGUAUGCACAAACUGCAAUGGUAAGGGAAUGCUACUCUGUGUAACAUGUGGAUCACGUGGGCUAGUAAAAUGUCAGACAUGCAGCGGACAAGGUUCCCUCCUCACACGCAGCAUUGCUCUUGUUAAAUGGAGGACCCUUUCCAACCGAAAAGUUAGUGCCACCAGUGGUGCUGCCUCAGUUCCUGAUGAGGUGUUCCACAAAGCCAGAGGUGUCCAGCUGUGCAACAUACAGGCAUACCAAUGCACGCCUGCCUUCUUUGCUGACUCUUAUCUUCUAAAUAGGUUUUCUUCAGAAGUUAUUGCCGGACGGUCUCCUGUUCCCCCUUCUGCAAGGGUCGUUUGUGAGAGGCACAUGAUAUCUGUUGUCCCUGUCACACGUGUUACAAUGGCUCAUCGCAGCCGAUCUUUUAGUUUUUAUAUCAUUGGAUACAGCAGAGAGGUUUAUAUAAGGGACUAUCCUGCGAAGUUUUGUUUGGGCCUCUGCUGUUGCUUGGAAUGGCUAAAGAUAUGAGAUCUCCAUCGGUAUGGAAAGAAAUGAGAGAAUGAUGGUAUACUCUUUCAGACUGUAUCCCUGACCUAUGGGUCAAGGUAUAUGUUGAGUUUAAUUGCUGGUGUUUGUACUGUAAGUUCCUUGUGAAUCAAAUAAAUGUCCUGUCAUGUGCUAGGUAUAUUGGCUUUUGCAUGAUAUCGUCGAAGGUCGAGUUUUAUUUUUUUGAGUUUAAAGUAUCCCGUGGAUUUUGAUAUGACAAUAGAGAUUUUAUUUA